UCUGUUGCUAGCGUUACGAGUCAAACAAGAUUUUAGCCUUCCGUUUCCUCUCUAACACCAAGUCUAAAUUGUAUUUGAUCUUUUAUAUUAUUUUGAUUAAUUUAUCGUUAACAGUUAUAAUACAAAAUGAAGCUUGAACUGUGUUCUUACAGUGGUUACAAAAUCUAUCCCGGUCAUGGGAAAAAGAUGGUUAAAACCGACGGAAAGGUAUUCACUUUCUUAAAUACUAAAUGUGAGUCAUCUCAUCUAAUGAAAAGAAAUCCACGUAAAGUGACAUGGACCGUUCUCUAUCGUCGAAAGCACAGGAAAGGUAUCGAAGAAGAGACUCAGAAAAAGAAGACCAGAAGGACCACAAAGUUCCAAAGAGCUUUCGUUGGAGCAUCUUUAACCGACAUUAUGGCUAAAAGAAAUAUGAAGCCUGAAGUUAGAAAGGCUCAAAGAGAACAAGCCAUCCGAGCUGCUAAAGAAAAGCAAAGAGCUACUAAAGCCGCAAAGAAGGCCCCACCACCAGCACCAUCCAAGGGUAAAGGAAAAUCAAAGGCUGUCAAGCAACCAGCACUUCAAAAAGCAAGGGUUGGAGGGAAACGGUAAACGCUAUUGACCUUAAAUCUCGCUUGUUGAUUAGCUUCGGCAACAUUUGUAUGGUAAAAUAUAACCCUUUAAAAGAUGCAACAUCUUUCUGAUCUAAAUAAAUAAUUAAUAAGAUCAAAUUCUGAACCCGGUA